ACAGUCAACUUCUGAAAGACAUGCAGUACACACAAGGUGGUCCAUUGCUGGACAUCACUAUGGAGUUAGGUGAACUGGAGGAAGUUCAUCUGCCACACUUUGUCUGUUUAGGGACCAACCCUUCCCUGAGGAAUGAGAUGAAGAUUCUUCAUGUAGAGGAACAUGGAGUGUCUUUAGAGGAAGUGCAUGAGGUCACCAGAUUCCAUGCUAAGAUUCUCCAUCCCAAGUUCUCACUUAUCUCUGUUAUACUGAGCUAUAUCUUUUCAUGGAACGUAGAUGUCCACUGUGAGCUGAUGCUCUAUCUGACAGUGAAAAGGGAAACAUUAAUUUCUCGCCUAUACCUGUUCCCCUGGAACCCCGGCCAAAUACAGGCUGUGGAACAACAGGAAAAGUCUCAAGGGUCUUCAAGGAUUCUCAUCUCAAGACCAGAGCAGUCCUUCAAACUGAAUAGUUCCAUCAGACUGAACAUUCCCUGUUCUACCUCCAUCAAUCCACAGAAGAUUCAUCUCAUACAAAGAGACACCACACCAAGCUUUUUCAGGGCGGUUGUGAAAAUGACAGGGAUUGACAUUGAGAUGGAGUUAUUCAGUGAUGAUGAGAGGACAGUAUGGAAAGAAAAAGUAUCACAAGAUGAAUACAUCACUGACACCCGUUCAACAAGUGCUGUGUUGGGGGCAGGAGGUCCGGCUGAGAGCAGUCUGACUGGUUCUCCAGAGCACCAGCUGCGUUCUGUACGGACAAAGUUUGUGAACCAAGUGUCAAAAGCUGUCCUGAAUGGACUGCUGGACGGACUCCUGCAACACACAGUCAUCAACCAGGAGGAAAUGGAGUCAGUGAAGGUGAUCGCUGAGAGGGCAGAGAAGGCACGUGACAUCAUCGACAUGGUGUUGAGAAAAGGAACGGAGUCGUGUUCCAGGAUGAUCAACCUUCUUGGGGAGCUGGACCACUGUCUUUGUUCACAGCUUCAGAUCAACAGUGUUGGUGUACCAACCUAAUGGUAGAAUGGAUAGUAACAGUGUUGGGGUACCAUCCUAAUGGUAGAAUGGAUAGUAACAGUGUUGGGGUACCAACCUAAUGGUAUAA